AUGACUUCUUUUCCUUCAACUCCUAUCACACCCUCCUCUCCUUAUCCUACAGCUCCAAUCAACACUACAUCAUCCAACUACUUUAACAACAAUAAUGCUAAUAAUAAUGAGCCAGCUAAAAUAAAUCAUAAAUCAAUGCCUGCUGCAAAAACAAAUCCUCUUAUACAAAUACAGCCACAUAGACAAAAUACAUUUCCUUAUUACAAUAAUCAAAAUCAAGAAGAAUACAACGUAGCGAACCGUAAAAGAGAAGCAGCUGUAAAAGAGAUAGUGACCACUGAAAAAACAUAUGUUGAAGGUUUACGUAAACUUGUUAGUGUAUUCUUGGUACCGCUACGUGAAGAUUAUCAAAAAUCAAUGUCGCGAAAUGUGCUGCUAACUGUUAACAAAAACCCUAUGGCAACACUUGAAGAUAUUACUUUAUUGUUUGGAAAUAUUGAGCAGUUGUUGGCACUACAUGAACAGUUAUUGAAAAAUUUAGAGGAGAGAUAUUAUAAUUGGAAUCCUAAACAGCUUAUUAGUGGGCUACCAUUCAAUUCAUUUAUAAGUUUACCAAUUCAAAGAAUUCCACGGUACAGAUUAUUAUUGGAACAAUUAUUCAACUAUACGGUCGAGUCACAUCCAGAUUAUAAAUCACUUAAAAAAUGUGUAGAACAAAUUUCUACAAUUGCUGACGAAGUUAAUGAAAAAAUAAGAGAUGCAGAAAACCAACAAAGAGUAUUAGAAAUUCAAACACAAGUAGAAGGCUUACCAACAAAUAUAAUCGAUCCAGCUCGAAGAUUUAUAUAUAAAGGCGACUUGUUUAAAGUCAUGCCAAAAAAACCGUCAUCAUCAACAAAACCAUCCUACGUCUCAACUAAAGAUGUGCGAGUUCAUUUCCUAUUUAAUGAUUUAUUAUUGUUUUGUAUAGAAUUCCAAGGGAAAUUGCUGUAUAAAGGAGACAUUAAUCUCAAAUACGCGAUGGUUAGAGCACUUGAGGAAGAUGCAGCAGAUCAACCAUUUUGUUUUCAAGUUAUUGUCAAGCAAAAUGAUGCUGAUAGACGACACACAGUUAGGGCAACUAGUUAUGACGAACAGGUUAAAUGGAUCGAAAGAAUUAACGCUGCAAUUUAUUCAUUAAACAAUGGAAUUUUGUCAAACUCGUACAAUUCAGAUAGUCAAAGAUUAAUGCCGAUUAAAUAA